CCCACCACCCGUUCUGCAGCCAUGGUUGCGCUCAAGGGCAUCCCGAAAGUGCUGUCCCCGGAGCUGCUAUUUGCGCUUGCGCGGAUGGGGCAUGGAGACGAGAUUGUUCUUGCAGAUGCGAACUUCCCUACUUCCUCCAUCUGCCAGUGCGGGCCUGUAGAGAUCCGAGCAGAUGGCCUGGACAUCCCACAGCUCCUGGAGGCUGUGCUGGAGCUGCUGCCCCUGGACACCUAUGUGGAAAGCCCGGCUGCUGUCAUGGAACUAGUGCCCAGUGACAAGGAGAGGGGCCUACAGACCCCAAUAUGGAACCGUUAUGAAUCCCUGCUGCUCAAAGCUGACUGCAAGAAAGCUCUGAUGAAGAUAGAGAGAUUUGAAUUUUAUGAACGUGCAAAAAAGGCAUUUGCUGUUGUUGCAACUGGGGAGACGGCACUCUAUGGAAACAUCAUCCUCAAGAAGGGGACUCUUGACCUCGGACCCUGAUAGAGACCACCUGAACCCAAUCAGCAAGCCACCCCUUGACAGCACCCAGACCUGGACCCCAGCCUGGGCUUCAAGAGGUUGGCAGAUCUUGAGAGACUCUGCUGACCCUGACAGAGAUUUCUUCCUUCCCUGAUUUGUGAAAUUGAGAGGGGAGGGGAGAGUGGUCACUGUCAAUCUUUAAAGGUUUUGUACUGGGAAACCUGUC